CGCUCGGCGCGCCCGGCGGAGCGCCGAGCUGGUCGAUGGGACAGCUGACUCGCCGCCAGCGCACCGGCCAUUUCCCGCCGGCCCGGCCCGGAGCGGAGCCCGGCUUCUCCUCCCGGGCGCGAAGCCGCCUCUCCCGCAGGCAGGGACCAUGCCUCCCAAAUUCAAGCGGCACCUGAACGACGAUGAGGUGACGGGAUCAGUGAAGAGCGAGCGGAGGAACCUGUUGGAGGAAGAUUCAGAUGAAGAGGAAGACUUUUUCUUGAGAGGACCUUCUGGACCAAGAUUUGGACCCAGGAAUGACAAGAUCAGGCAUGUCCAGAACCAGGUGGAUGAAGUCAUUGAUGUUAUGCAGGAGAACAUCACGAAGGUGAUUGAAAGAGGCGAGCGGCUGGAUGACCUGCAGGAUAAGUCAGAAAGUUUAUCAGACAAUGCAACAGCUUUUAGCAAUAGAGCCAAGCAGCUCCGGAGACAGAUGUGGUGGCGAGGCUGCAAGAUGAAGGCAAUCAUAGCGCUGGUGGCAGUUGUUCUCCUGCUGGUGAUCAUUGUACCCAUAGUCCUGAAGUACCAUACCUGACAAUGCAGCUGGAGGCUUCGAUGGAGCUGGCUCUGGGAUAACCAAACUGCUGUGUAAUUUAAGUGAGAUAUCUGUAUAUAGCUUUGAAAUUGUUUUUCUGCAAGGAGUGAGGACAUGGCGGCAAGUAUCCAGUUCUAACUAAGCGUUUUAAGAACUGCCAAAUGACCCUUUUAUUUUUGGUUGAGUACCUGUUCCUGCUGUCAGACUUUUUCCUGUAACAGAAGAUUCAGUUCCCAGUCUGCCUGUUCUGUGGAAUUCUGGUUUGGAGCUGGCUACAUGCCACUUGCCACUACGGUUUGUCUGUAUAUAUGGUUUAGUUCUAAUAUUGAUAAUGAUACCACUUGAGCAGUUCCUCACUGCCUGCAGUGGAAGGCAGAGGGGACUCUGUCCUUCUGAAGCAAAGGUGGGGGAAAAUGUCUGAAGAGAAAAAUACCAUUAUGUUACAGGGAACUCGCCUUUCUGUGGAGAAAUGCAAGGUGUUGUUUCUCUCUUGUUCAAAAAGUGAAAAAAAGGAAAUGAUUGGGUUUUACAAUCCAGAAGACUUUCUGGUCCUGCUAUCGGAAUGCACAAGCUCAGUGUUUUCAGUAUUGCUGCUUACAGCUGUGACGAAAGACAUUCCAGUAAACCUAUUUUUGACUGUA